CAGACCCGGCUGCCCAGGGCACCAUGGAGCUGCUGCCAGGCCGCCUCUUCCUCUUCCCCCUCCUCGCAGCCCUGCUCCCCCUCUCCGCACGGUCUGGCCCGACCCCGCUCACAGCUGGACAAGAGGAGCUGGGGACGGCGAAGCCCGGGUACUGCUACCACAUCCCAGAGGUGGAGGACCUGCUGCACCACGACUGCAACGCCUGCCACAAGGACGCCUCCUGCUCCCGCUGCACCAGAGAUGCUGGCUGCCCCGGUGCCACCAAGUGCUGCCCCAGCAAGUGCGGCUACACGUGCCAGGAGCCGGUGCUGGACUUCUGCUACCUGCCCUCUGUCUGCGGGAACUGCAAGGCGCUCUUCCACCGCUUCUUCUUCAACGCCUCCAGCCAGCAGUGCGAGGAGUUCAUCUAUGGCGGCUGCGGUGGCAACAGGAACAACUUCGAGACCAAGGACGAGUGCUUCCAGGCCUGCUCCCACAUUGUUCCAGGUGCCCGGUAGUGCUGGCCCGGGGAGCACAGUGGCCUCUAAAUCGUCCCUGCCCAGGGAAAGCUGCUGCUGGUGGCCACGGCCCUGUCCCCGUGGGGAGCCGCUCCCCACAGGGCUGGCAGUGAUGGGCGCUGCUGGCCAGGGUGGCUGUGCUGGGGGCUGCGGCUCUGCCAGGGACGUUCUCCAGCCCAGGGGCAGGGAUGCGCACCCACGGCAGCAAGGCUGCACCCUCCUGUGCCAUGGUGCCCGGCUGGAGGAGCCUGACCCUCCCAUGGGCUGUGACACUUCAAUACAAGGGCAGGUCCUUGGA